GCGGGAUGUUGGGAAGAUAAUCGGUUUCCGGUUCCGUUGGGCCUCAGUCCCCUCCUUGGGCUACGUGUCUCUGUCUUCUUAAGUUGCCAUCCCGCAAUCAAUCAUGGAUCAGGUAAUGCAAUUUGUUGAGCCAAGUCGGCAGUUUGUAAAGGACUCAAUUCGACUGGUUAAAAGAUGCACCAAACCUGAUAGAAAAGAAUUCCAGAAGAUUGCCAUGGCCACAGCAAUAGGAUUUGCUAUAAUGGGAUUCAUCGGCUUCUUUGUGAAACUGAUCCACAUCCCUAUAAAUAACAUUAUUGUGGGUGGCUGAACCCUUUUUCAUCAUGGACAUAGUGAACAAUGAGGGUGUGAGAAGCUCAUGAAGUAAAUUGUGCCUGUAUACUUUGUGUUUUUUUUUUUUUCCUUUCCUAUUUGUUUCCUACUUCUAAAUUAAAAUACCAAAAUAAAUGUUUUUUCAUAGCAGAUAUCA